AUGUCACUGGCUCAUCCACAGAACCCGCCUCCACCACCAAUACCGCAGUCCCCAGUUUGGGAAAAUGAUUAUGACACUUCCACUUGUCGCCUUUGUCACAAAACAUUCAAUCUAUGGUGUAGGCGGCACCACUGUCGACGUUGCGGUAAGGUUGUUUGUGCAGAUUGCUCAUCACAAUUCAUAUACUAUACGCCAUUGGUGGCACCUCCGCCAACGGCUUCUUCCUUUUCCACGUCUUCACCAUUUUCCUCACUGGCUUCACCACAAACGAUGAUGAGCAAAAACAGAACUUGCGACAAAUGCGCUGACACAAUGCUCAAACAAAGUCGAACAAGAGAGAUCACGAGUCAGCUACCUUCGUCUUCGUCAACGUCGUCGUUGCGGAGAGAUAACAUAAGCGAUGCGAAUCUAUGUCCCGUGUGCGGCAUCAAUCUUUUGAAAGAGUUUAUCACACUUCGAAGCCCACAUAACCACGAUGUGAUUCCACAAGACGAGUUUGAAAAGUAUAAAGAAGACCAUAUAAAUGAUUGUUUGAACAAGUUUGAUCUCACUGCGCAGCAGGCAAAUAAUAAGAAAAUGUUGGUGUAUAUCUUGGCACCCAUCCCAAAGCCGCAAUACGAAAUCAUUCCGCGGAUGGUGGAUAGUGUGCUGCCUGAGAUGAUGACCUCAAAUACUACCGAGAAAGAAGAGUAUGAAGAAUGCAUGAUAUGUCUUGAAGAAUUGAAACCCGGUGAUAAAGUGGGGAGAUUGGAAUGUCUAUGUGUUUUCCAUUACAAGUGCAUCAAGGACUGGUUUAACAAAAAAGGAUAUGGCGAGUGUCCAGUACAUUUCCUACAUAAAUAA